AUGGAGGCUGGACCUUCCAAACCGUCUCGAUCCGCGAGUGGCUCUCGACAUGGCAAGACAAACGGCGAAAAGAAGGCCUAUCACAGCGAGGAGGCGCUCAACAAGCAAGCCAACUCGAUUUCUGCCGCUACAUCGCUGCCCCGCUCGAUCGAUCGAUCAGCUCCUGCUGCUAUCCGUGAUGCAAAGCUUCCCAAGUCCGUCACCAGCGUCAGAGACAAGAAGCUGAAAAGCAAACUCACCCACCAGCAUCUUUCACGGAAACGUGCUGCCGAAUCGGCGCGUCUUGCCAAUGAAUAUCUCAACUCCUCUGCUCCCGGAGAAGGCGCGGGAAUGAUCGAGACCGAAGGAGAGCUCGAGCGAACGUUCAAGGUAACUCAGGCACAGAUCAAGGACAGCGUAGGCAUUGAUACAGCGACAAAAGGGUUCGAACUCAAACUGGAUGGAGGAAAGCAAGGUGUGGGGCUGGGACCCUACAGGUGCGACUAUACACGAAAUGGCAGGCAUCUGGUGAUUGGCGGAAGAAAAGGUCACUUGGCGGCGUUCGACUGGCAGACGGGCAAGUUGAGCUGUGAGAUUCAGGUCAGAGAGACCGUGAGGGAUGUCAAGUGGCUGCAUAACAACAGCUUCUUUGCUGCGGCACAGAAAAAGUACGUCUACAUCUACGACGACGCGGGCAUCGAGAUCCACAAGCUCAAGAACCAUACCGAAGUGAACCGACUCGAGUUUUUGCCUUACCAUUUCUUGCUUGCGUCCGUGGGCGCAACGGGCUACCUGAAAUAUCAGGACACUUCGACCGGCACGCUCAUCAGCCAGCAUCGUACCGGACUGGGUAACUGCAACACCAUGACACAGAAUCCGCUCACUGCUGUCCUGCAUCUCGGCCACAGCAACGGCACGGUGACCAUGUGGACACCCAACCUUUCGACACCUGCCGUCAAGAUAUUGGCGCAUCGCGGGCCAGUGACAGGUAUCUCUAUCGAUUCGCGCGACGGCGGACGCGACAUGGCGACGUGUGGUAUGGAUGGUACCAUCAAAGUGUGGGACACGCGCAUGAUGGGUAAAGGUCCUCGUCGUGAAUGGCAAGCUCGCCGACCUGCUUCGGACCUCCAGUUCUCUCAGCGUGGGCUGCUCGGCGUAGCUUGGGGUCCUCACGUCUCGAUCUACGACACUCACGCCACGCUCGGCAAAGCGCCUCCCGGCCCAUACAUCACCCAAGGUUUCCCACGUUCCGAACCGCUCCAAGUCAAGUUCUGCCCGUUUCAAGACGUUCUCGGCGUAGGCCACGCUGGCGGAUUCACAAGCCUACUCGUUCCCGGUGCCGGUGAGCCCAACUUCGACUCGUCCGAACUGGAUCCCUUCGAAACACGCAAUGCACGUCGCGAACGCGAAGUGCACCAGUUGCUCGACAAGAUUUCGCCCGACCUUAUUUCGAUCGACCAGACGAUUCUUGGAUCGGUGCAUGUCGCAGAGACCAACGUGUCUGCGGCCGAGCAGGAUCGUAUUUUGGCCGAGAUCGCCAAACGCAACCCGAGCGCUGUGGCGACAAGUGCAGAUGGAAGAGCCUACUCGCAGCUUUCACGAAUCGAGCGUAUGCAGCUGAAUAACACGGAUGCCUCGCUUUUCGCAAGUGUCGACGAUGAGGACGAGGAAGGCGGAGCAACAACCGGAUCAUUGGCUGCGAAAAUCUCGGCUCAUGUGGGUCCGGCUAAACCGGUCAAGGAAAAGAACCGAAUGCGAGGCAAGAAUAAAGCGCUCAGUAGGUACCUUAGAAAGAAGAGGGAAAACGUCGUCGAUCCGAACCGUAUUGCGGUCAAGGCGAGGAUGGAAAAGAUGCGCAAGGAGGAGCAACAGGCUAGGAAGAGGAAAGCGGCCGCAGGCAUCGCUCAGGACGACCACAGCUUUUCUGCUCUUGACAUGUUCAACAAGCGGUCCUGA